UGUGUGAAAAUAUUUAUUUACAUAAAUACGAGAAAACAAGCCCUGUUUCUGGAUUCUUCUUGGUUUGAGUUGGAGAGAUUUACAGGGGAAAGAAAGCCUCGUUUCUUGCUUGUUAUUAUUCCCCUGUUUUCAUUCUUCUCUUCUUUUUAUCUUCUUAAAUAGCAAUUGUUUGCCACACAGUUUUGCUCUCUGUUUGUUGGUCUCUUCAAGGACCUUUCUCUCUGUUCUCGUCGUAUUUAAUUUAAUGGCGGCCAAUGAAAACAAGAGCCCGGAUUUCUAUGCUGUUCUGGGAUUAACAAAAGAUUGCUCUGAUCUUCAGCUCAAGUCUGCUUACAAGAAGCUUGCACUGAGAUGGCAUCCUGAUCGCUGUGCAGCUCCCGGGAAUUCCAAGUACGUGGAAGAGGCUAAGAAGAAGUUUCAGUCCAUUCAAGAGGCUUAUUCUGUCCUUUCCGACAAGAACAAAAGAUUUAUGUAUGACUUUGGAGUCUACGACAGUAAUGAUGAUGACGAUAAUGGUAUGGGUGAUUUUCUAAAUGAAAUGGCAACUAUGAUGAGCCAGAACCAGUCCAAUGAAAAUGUGGUGGAAAGCUUUGAGGAACUGAAGACAUUAUUUGAGGAUAUGUUUCAAGAUGACUUGGCCAGUAUCAAUUCAUCUUCCCAAAGUGGGGCAACAGCUUCAUGUUCUUCCUCUUUGUUUGAUACUUUUGGGAAGAACCCUAGCCUCCCCAACAAAAGAAACUUUGAGCAAAAUUCAGUUAAGCCGGAGCCUGAAAAUUCCUUUAACUUUGACACUCAUUUUCAAGGUUUCAGCUUCGGGACAGGUGGAACAAGAGGGAAGUCUUCGGGAAGGAGGAUGUGCUCCAGGAGAGUUCAGAAGUAGGAGGAGCGGCAGGAAGCAAAAGGUCUCGUCCAGCCAUGACGUAUCCUCUGGCAACAAUGCCGGCAUAUCUGCUUGAUGGUGUCCAGUUUCUCUUUGGUUAAUGUUUAGGCGAAGAUGAUUCAAAUACUUUACAUGCUCAAUUUUGUGCUAAACUUGUCGACUACAAUGUUGAAGCCUCUGAUCAUUCUGUACUUCUAAAUUUUCAGCUCCAAUUAAUGGUUCAGUUAAAUUUUCAAGAA